AUGGAGGGCAAUACGUCGUUGAAGAGGAAGGAGGGACAUGAAGCAGAUGCGGCCAAGGCUCAGGGCACGCCAGCCACGUCCGCGGCUUCCGAACAACCACCCAAGCACAAGAAGGCCAGAACCGAAGAAGAGAACACGGAACGAGGCGACGAACCGUCUGAACAAGCGCUGGUGGGUGAGCUGAAGGAAGCGCUCGCCAAAGGAACCGCGCAAGACGUCAUCUACUGGAUGAAGGACGGAACGAUCAUCCAACUCCUCGCCACCGACUCCUUCUACGUCGCCCUGGCGACGUUGGUGGACGCCAAGAUCAGGGCGGCGCCCAUCUACGACCCGGCCGAGCAGAAGUACGUCGGGUUCGUCGACAUGCUGGACCUCACCGCCGCCAUCGUCGAGUUGCUCGAGGUCAACGAGACCUUCAAGAACAAGAAGAACAAGAAGGAGAAGAAGGAGAAGGAGACGAAGCAGGAAGAGGAGGAGUCGGAGGAGGUGAAGAGGAGGAAGCGCGACUAUGCGGAGGACGAGGAGGACCCCUUCGCUGAACAUCUGAUGCUCGAGAGCCUCUCCGUCAAAGCCAUCUCCGACUUUUCGCACACGGACCCGUUCAUUUCGGUGCGCAGCGACGAGAGCCUCACCAAGGUGGCCGAGCUGCUGCGGACCCACCACCGCAUCGGCGUCGUCAACGAGAAGGGCACCUUCAUCGGGUUCGUGGAGUACUUGAGCGAGGAGCACGCGCUGACGCUGGACAAGACGGGAUUGACGGUGGGCGAUCUGGGCCUGGCCAGGCACCACGUCCACACGGUGCCGGUCGAGGGCACCACCGCGCUCGACGCGCUCAAGGAGAUGCGCGACCGGAAGGUCACCGGCCUGGGCGUCGUCAACAAGAACGGCGUUCUGCUCGACGUCAUCUCCGCCAGCGACCUCAUGGUGUGGGCCGAGUGGGAGGCCUGCGGCCAGCCGAUCCGGUUCCGGCACCUCUCGACGCUCAACUACCCCAUCACCGAAUUCCUCGCCCAGAGCCGAGCACAGGCACACCACAAGAAGGUGAACCGCAAUGAAGGCCCGAUGGUGUGCACGUCCGAGACGGAGCUGCAGGAGGCGAUCGGCACGAUGCUGGUCAACAACAUCCACCGCCUGUUCGUCGUGGACGAGGCGCGCAAGCCCGUCUCGGUCCUCACCUACGGCGACAUCAUCGCCCGCCUCACCGCCUAA